CCUACACCGCACUAUGGACAGCCAGGUGUUCGCUAUCACUCUCGCCCUUCUUUGUCUCACAUUUUCAGAGGCUAAGGUAACGGAGGUUACGGUGUUGAAAUAUGACGGGUUGGAAGGUUAUCACUUCCACAGCGUAGGCCAACUGAAGAAAUUCUACACUUUCCAAUUUUGUCUUUGUCCCGGCGACGUUGAAUUACAACUCAAUCCAUCGGAACGCCAUACUUGCCAAUGUAGUCCCAAUAUCAGGGGUAGAAGCAUAGCCGAGUCUUAUCCACACGCGGUAUAUUCCUCAGCCUGUAUUAACAAGGCAGACUCGGAAAAUUGCUCCAAAACCACAUUUACUCAGGGAACAAACGAACGUCUCUUUGUGAAAGUUGGAGUCGAAGAAGAUCCCAUCUCUAAACCUGAAUGGCAGGAGUUAUCUAUGAAAGCGAGGAACACCUAUCCUAUUCAAACUGUUAUAGGUGGAAGUAUCAAACUGACGUAUUCCACUGCCUCUCAGAACGACACUGAUUCGAGUACAGAGCCGUCUUUCUCUUCAGAUCCUGAAGAGGACAAAGAAACAGUGCCCGAAAUUCUGUUGUCAAAGAGAGACACAUCUAUGCCAGAACGACACAACAGGGUUCCGAAAGCCAUCAAAUCCUACAUUAUACGGAAGCCAAAAAAAAUUCCGCCAGCAUGGAAAAACCCAAAAUUUUUGUCAUCGUGGAAGCCCGCUCUACCGUUAAAAACCGGAUCUAACUCGGUAACGAGAAGCAGAUCUAAUUCGGUAGGCUCGAUACGUCAAUUACUAGCGCAGACUCAUAACGACCGUGUUAACCCGCUGAGUUUCAACGUCAAGCAGUUCAAAGAUGAGCUCACCAUCUAUCACAAUACUUAUCGUGCCAAACAUGGUGCGCCAGCUUUAGUCUACGAUGCUCACCUGGAACAAGCAGCUCAGAAAUAUGUGAACAUACUGAAAUUGAGGAAGAAGUGUCUCGCACAUGAGCAACCUAGAAAAUACGGAGAAAAUUUGUUCUUUUUCGCUGCAAGUGAUUUCCCAAAUGCUUCUGCCAUGGCUCGAUUGGUGACCGAAAGCUUCUAUAUGGAAGGCCGAGGAUAUAAUUAUAAUAGCUUCACAGCGACUGGGCUCCACAGGACUGGGCACUUCACUCAGCUGAUAUGGAAAUCGUCUCGACGGAUGGGUGUCGGAGUGGCGAUAACGAAGAAUAACGGUUCAGGUGGAGGACCAUGCGCAGUUGAUGCGAAAGCCCCCUAUAUGAUUCAUGUUGUCAUCAAAUACGAUCCCCCGGGUAAUCUUUUGUCCCGAGCCGCAUUUACAGAAAAUGUCAGACCGCCAAAGUAGAGCAUAUUAUUUAUCUAGUAAUUGUUAGUAGCAAGGACGUUUGGCUUGAUGAAUCGAAGAUCUUCGAUCAUUGCCGGUUCUUUGCAAGGAAGCAAAAAAAGUCCAAAGCUACAAAUCUUAUGUCUAAUUUGAUUGUACACCUGUUCAUUGUUGCUAAUAAUUGUCUGUGGUCGUCAUGUGAAAUCAGCAAUUGGAAGACGAGUUCUUGUUGAAUGAAUGAUCUCUUGUUUUGUCAUUUUCCAUGUUAAAAGCUUUUUUUGAACAGACCAAUACCUUGAUUAAUGCAUGCUCUUUAUUUGGCACCACGGUUACAAGUGAAAUCUUGAUUAUGU